AUGGCUUGGACCCACGAAUGUCGUUUGGGUGAGGCGUCCAACCCGGGCCCUCACAGCAUUCGCUUCUUUUCGUGGAAUCUUGGGAGCCUCAACACCCAAAAGGAUUUACUUCUUCAGCUUCUGAACAAAUAUGACGUGGAUGUGUGUCUUUUGCAGGAACAUCGUGUGAAAGCUGCAGCACAAGCAAGAACUGCCAGGGACCUUAGGUCUGCUGGAUGGCAAGCUUUCUGGGGCCCCCCUCGGGCUUGCGGGUAUGGUGAAAUGAUCUUAGUCCAUCGCCGGUAUUCAGCUGGCUCGCUUCAGGACUCUCAACAAAUCUGUUCUGUCGCCCUCAGGCUUGCCGGGGGUGAUCUUGCUAGAGUUGCGAGCGUGUAUGCCCCCAUUAAGAAGCGAGGUACGCAGGAAGCCUUCUUUGGGGAACUGGCCAUGUGGCAAGACAAGCCGGGAGUUUGGUUUUCUGGGGGGGAUUUUAAUACCGAUCUUCUUGAGAUUCAUCCUUGCUCUGGCCAUUUUGGUCAUACCAUGCUUGGUACUUGGCGUAGCUCUGUCAAACACUCCUGGUGUCAUCCCAUUGACGGGUUUGUUGGGUGUGGGAGCCUCAAGCCUGCCAACGUCGUUGGUCUUCAUAACGAGGUUACUACGCAGCACGCACCACUCAUCUGUGAUGUCCCUGGCAAGCUUCAUGCGGAGGACCGCAUUGCCUGGGCUCUACCGAGGCCAGUGUCCCGACCUUGGUCUGCCCAAGAUGAUGCCGCUUUUCACGAUGCCAUUGCGCGCAACGACUCGCAAACAGCAUGGAGUACUUGGCUUGGCUGUGCUCUCGGUUUGACGGGACAAGAGACUCCUUACAGAACCGCCAAGGGAGCGGUCGUUGCUAAGGACACGGACGCUGUUUUGGGCCUCAUGAAUAGAUUGAGGCGCCUGUCUGCUGAGGCCUCUGUCACGGGAUGGACCCCCCGGAAGCAUGCUCAGUAUGAAGCCACCGAGGUGGAGCUGAGGAAUUCUCUCAACGAUCGCCGGCGCAGUGCCAUCGCGGCAUGGAAGAUCCGAAUGCGAGACGUUUCUCAGGCGUCCAAAUGGGUUAAGCAGGGGCCCACCAAACCCUUAGCUUUGCUGAGGGCGGACGGAAAGCCUGCUCUCACACCGACUGAACAAGGCUGCGCAGUCAGGAGAGAGUGGUUGCCGUUUUGGACUGAGGCUUGUCCUGCUCAGGUUCGGAAACAGGUUCUGGCGGCUCAGACCUUCAGUGAGGUUGUGGCUUCCAAGGCUACGCCCUUUCCGGGCCUUCCGGAGUGGACCAUUCAGGACAUUCGAGCUCAGGUUCGUUCCACGGCGGCUGGUCUUGAUGGGAUUUCUUUCCAACACAUCGGCGAUCUGGAAGAUGAGCAUCUUCAACGGCUUGUUGACUUGUUCAAUGCUUUUGACAAGGGGCUUCCCUUUCCAGCUUCGUGGAGCAACGCUCGUCUGGUUUGUAUCCCGAAGGAUGAUGGGUCGGCACGGCCUUUGUCUAUUUUGCAUACUGUUUACAGAAUGUGGGCGGCUCGAACUGCGAAGCACUUCGGCGAGUGGUGCUCCUGGUUUCCGGAUGAACUUGUCGGCGGUCGCAAUGGCGCUCCGUCUGCUGUGGAUACGGGGAACGAGGUUUCCUCCUGGCUUGCCGCCUCGCAUUUCGAUGAUGCUUUUCUGGCUGGCGCUUGUCUUGACACGAUUAAGUGCUUCGACACCGUGAGCCUGCACAGUCUCAAGGCUCUCCUGCGGCAUGCGGGCGCCCCGAUUUGCAUGUUCAACGUCGUGAGCAUUUGGGAAAGCUUGACGAGACAUGUUUGGCUCUGCGAUGGGCCCACCGGCGUGACCAUCAAAGCAGCGGAGCAGAGGGGACUUCCUCAGGGGGACCCUCUUGCCCCGUGGGCCCUCAACCUCGUGAUGGCUGCUUGGGUUUGGAGCCUUCCCAAGCUUGAUUUGCUUCGUGUUUUCUUAGACGACAGAUGUCUCUUAAACAAGGAUGUUGACGUGCUGGCCUCGGCGCUUCGGGCCACGAGGGUCUUCGAUGCUGCUUUUGGGUUGAGCAUCCAUCCCUUGAAAUCUUGCAGAUUCUUUGUGGGGCCUGCUCAAGAUGAUGUUUCAGCUGCUGAGUGGCGUCGACUUCCACUUAAGGAGUCUGUCAAGUACCUCGGUGUCAUGCUCGAGACAGCAUCUGGCGCUGACUGCACGCUGGGUGAUCACAGAGCCUCUGUGGUACGCUCCAAGGUACUGCGUGCUCGCCUCCUCCCUAAUCGGGAGACACGGAGAGGUCUGCUUGCAGCAUACUUGCAAGGUCUGUAUGCUGAAGGCACUCCUGUGUCUCAGCUGGUCAUCGAUAAGCUCAGGACGGCCGUCGUUCAAGCUUGGUGGGGACCGACCCUGCACCCUCAUAAUUACAUGAGAAGCACAGCUUUGACAUUGGGCCUUCUGGCCCCCUUGCAUCGCAUGGAUCCCAGCAUGAUUCAGUGUUACUCUGCAGUUGUUGCGCUUGCGCGUCUCUCUCUGCGCAGUCAGCCAGUCGUCAGAGUUCUCUGGCGGGCCUGCUCUAGGCUUCGAGGUACGGUUGUCGGAUUUGCUAGGUUGGUUCGUCGGUCGUUGAAGGUUUUGGGCUGGACCUGGCCUGAUUGGGAGCAUGUUUGUCCUCGAGAGGAUUGUGCGAUUAGGUUGACUGAUCUUGCACGCAAAGAUCGGGAAGGACAGAAGGCAAAGCAUGUGCUUCGCUGUGAGCUGCGCUCGUGGUGGUGGAAGCACUGGGAUGGCAGUAGAAUUUGUCAUGAGGGCUUGUCUUCAGGAAUCGACAGACGGCGUACCUUGCAGCCGUUGAUCGAGCUGGGAUGCCGCCGUCGUACCUUCGGGUGGGACGGCUCUGACUUAGGUGCUCGCUACGCCCGCUUCCUCGCGGACGCGCUGUGGAGCAGACACCGUCUGUUCAAAGCAUCUAAGGUGGCUGACGCGCGCUGCCGGCGCUGUGGCCUCGACGACGAACACACCGAUCACUUCUUAUGGUCCUGCGGCGCCAACGACGCUGCGCGACGAGAGCUGGCAGUUGCUUGGACGGCCGCCAUGGUUCCAGGAGGAGUUCCUGCUGCAGCUCUUCCCGGCUGCCUGCCUCAGUGCAUGCGACAGACUGGCGUAAUCACGCUUAACUGCGGCUUCACGGAUGGUCAAAUCCAAGCUUUGCAGCGCUACUUUGUGCGGGUAUUAUGCGAAUGGGCUGCUCAUCGUCAAGAUGCUGCCGAGGAACAGGAUGCUGAAGGCGAUCCUUUCCAUGCUUUGCUUAGCGAGGAGAGUGACUGA